CCCUGGUGGCACAAUGAGUUAAACCCUUGUGCCAGCAGGACUGAUGACUAGAAAGUUGGGUUGCUGACCUGAAGGUUGCCGGUUCAAAUCCAACCCAGGGAGAGCGCGAAUGAGCGCCCACUAUCAGCUCCAUCUCCAUGCAGGGACAUAAGAGAAGCCUCCCACAAUGAUGGUAAAAACAUCAAAACGUCCAGGCAUCCCCUGGACAAUGUCUUUGCAGACAGCCAAUUCUCUCACACCAGAAGCAGCUUGUAGUUUCUCAAGUUGCUCCUGACAUGUAAAAAGUGGUGUACAACCAGUAGUAUACAACCAGAUAUAAUAUGCAAGGCAAUGUUUUCGGUUGUUAGAUCUGUCUCUUGAUCUGUUUGGAAAACAGAGAUGUGCCAGUGCAGAGUUUCAGAAGCUGCCAAAAAUAUAUCUGCUCUCCCAUAAAAACAUAUUUUUAUAUCAUGCAUGCAAGAUACAAAAAUGUAGUAGGCUUUGGUAAAAUAACAUAUUUGGCUUACUUACAACUUCAUGUCUUUAUCAUAACACAGGUACAUAGCUUAUCAGUCCAGUUACAGAUAUGUUUGAGAGAGUUUCUCUGUGCAGAUGGCAUAGGGCCUCUUUCUUAUAACAACAGCAGGUGUUUGCUCUUAGCAGCCUAACGUCUAAGAAGAAUCUAAAAUGGAAUCUGAGGUCUGAGCAGAUCAGGUCAUGUGGUCUGCAGCCCCUCCCACAAUCUCUCAGGAAACAAAGAAAAGAAGCUGCAUAUCAGAACAUACAUACAAUAAUUAUUUUAAAGAUGAAAUUAAGUCUCUCCAAAAUAGUUGAUGGCUGUCGUCUUGGUACAUUGACCAACCUUAGCCGGAAAGGAGUACAGUCCAUGGACAUUCCAGGUUGUCUGCUUUAUACCAGAAUGGGAUCCGCACCACAUCUGACCCAUGACACUCUUCAAACGGUUAAAGGUGUUCCCGUGGUCGCUCAGCUUUCACUUUCAACAUUGGCAGAUCUUCAUGAAGUCUUGGCAGAAUAUAAAGAAGGAGCUGCGAAGUUCAUAGGCAUGGCGGAGUCAGUCUUAUACUGCUCCCUUCAUGACCCCGUUAUCUGUUCCCCGCCUGGCUACAACAACAACAAGACAGUUUCGAUAUGGGGAUGUGGAGGUCGGAUAGAAAUGACGGCAUCAAAGUUCAUGACCAUCCAGCAAGUUAUCCAGCCUGACUGGUUCCAGUGUCUCUCAGAUGGAGACACUAUUGCUGGAGAAAUCUCCAAGAAGAGAGCCAAGAAGUCUGUAGAUCGCUCUCUGUCCUUUUUGGACGAAUGUCUACAACUGCAAGAGGAAUUGCCAGGCUUGCAGAAGAGCUUGAUAAUUGGAGUUAUUGAAGGUGGGGAUGUAUUGGAGGAGAGGCUGAGGUCAGCAAAAGAGACUGCCAAGAGACCUGUGGCUGGCUUUAUUUUGGAUGGCUUUCAAGGAAGUGCCAUGACCAAAGAAACCAAGCUGCAACUCUUGUCCUCGGUUACAGCAGAGCUGCCAGAAGAAAAACCAAGACUUAUCCACGGAAUUGGAAGGCCAGAUGAGGUGCUGGAGUGUGUUGAGAGAGGAGUGGAUAUUUUUGAUAGUUGUUUUCCUUACCAGGUGACAGAACGAGGCUGUGCCUUGUUCUUCAACUAUAACUAUCAGCCCGAUCCUGAAACAGAAGUCAUUCAAGAAAACGGACAAACAGAUGUUCGGAAGGAAGAUGAUGAAAAAUCUGAAAAUGUGACACCCAGCGGACCACAAGAAAUGACUCAUUUUGAAAUAUGUUUGAAAGAAAAAAGGUACCAGGAUGAUUUUGGUCCUUUAGUGAAAGGCUGUUCCUGUUACUGCUGUCAGAAUCACAGCUGUGCCUACAUCCAUCACCUCCUCGUGACCAAUGAGUUGUUAGCUGGUGUCUUGCUUAUGACACAUAACUUUCAGCACUAUUUUGGCUUUUUCUGUUCUAUCCGUGAUGCUCUCAAAGAGAAUAAGUUGGACCAGCUGAAAAAAUCUGUCAACAGCCAAGCACUUUGAGGCCAGAGUGUUAUAAAAAAGUGCAAAGAGAACAAGAACCCACAAAGCGAAGAGGGCUGCGUAUUUUUCCUACCACCAAUUUCAUGUUAUCGGAAGCACAAUCUCCUUGGUCUUUGCAAAUUGAGGAGUAAUUGAGUUUUUUAAAAUUAGCCAGACUAUUAAAGGAAAUCAAAAAUGGUAUGAACAUAUUUACAGAGAUAAACUAGUUAUUGUUAUUCUCAUUGGAUUUUUACUUGUCUUAGAGAACUUCAGCCCUGUACUAGAGUUGGAAUGAAAAGCAAAUAAUAUAAACCGACAGAUGGAACCAUAGAAAAUACACUGGCCUCCAUUGUGGACUCUACCUUCAUUUUUGCUAUAUGUAAUAGGCUAAAACAAGCCUAUUAAAGUUAUAUUCAAUAGGUCUUUAGAAAGAAGGUAAAACGUGGGAAGAAAGAGACUCUGCUUGUAAACUCAAUCUCACUUCAGCAUCUUUUUCCCAAGGCACCUUGCUGUUCUCACGACACUCCAUGUUCUUGCCUGCCAGCUUUUGUUCUUCAUUAUUGCAAAGCUCAACCAAUCGGCUGAGCUUAGCCUUCAGCCUAAAUACAGUUUUCAUCUCAACAGGAGUAGACCCAUUGAGUCAGUUCCUGAAUGUCAAAUCAACGUGCAUAUAAGCAGAGUUUAUGCAGUUGAUCUACCAAGAGACUUAAAACUCUAUCUACUAUAAUAAUAACCUCUUUGUUUUCAAGAAUAUCCCAAUAUAGAUUUAGUCCCUAGUUUUGAUUGGAUGCCCUCCAAUGACAACUGUUUAGUUUCACAGCCUAAACUAGAGUAGACUCAGUUAAAUUAGUUGCUGAACUUUAUGUACAAAUGUAUUCCAUAGCUAUAGUACAGUUGGGACUAGCAGUUGGAAUCUUUUUCUUUUCAGGGAGAGAAUUUUCAUUUAUUAAUAUUCAUUUUUUCGGUGAAUGGAAGAUAAUGAGCAUACGUCAGGCCGAUAUGAUGGCUGUUUGGUAGAGCUUUGACAAUAAAGGAGAACUCAUUGUUUUAACUUUUGUAUCUUAUUCAACUCAAUCAUGUCCUUUUUAUAUGAUCUUUUUUUGUACAACUGGAAUCUUUAUGUUUUGUCUAUUAUGGAAUUUUAAUGGUAAAUGUCAAUAUCACACUGAGCAUUCACUGAGCAUUCAUCUGUGGACUGCAUUCACCCUUCUGUAUCUGGAAAUUAGUCUAUAACACAGGCAUUUUGGACUUCAACACCCACAAUUCUUUAACAGCCAGCUAUUAGGAAUUGUGGGAGUUGAACACCUGGAGGUGUUUUAGACUUCAUGCCUGCUAUAACAGAUGGUUUGUACAAUAGUUUCUGCAAAAGUCAGUUUCCCAUUACAAGGUAUGAUGAGAGAAGCCAACUUCUGACCCAGUAUGUGCUUUGCAUUGUUAGAGAUCACUGUGUAAACCAUUUGCUGAAGCAUUUACUAUCAUUUUGAUCCUUUGUACUAUGACCCAUGUUUGAUACUGUUAUUUUAACUGUAUGUCAUCACUUUGUUUACAUUGAUGUCCACCACAGCAAAAUCAGGGCAGUAAGGCCCUAAAUCAGACCUUCAAAAGCUGUAUCUGUCCAGGUGUUUGGGAUGCCACCUCCCAGAAGCCCUCACCAGUCUGUUCAAUGGACAGGAAUUCUUGGAGUUGGGGGCCCAAACACCUGGACAGCCACAAGUUAUGCAGGCCUGUGAUCAAUCCUAUGUGAUGCUGGAGGGUAGAACAACAGAACUUCCUGAGGGUCCUCCUGUAGGACUUGCAGUUUCCAGAAGACAACUCUCAGAAUAUGUUCCAGUCCACCAGAUUCGAUUAAGUGGAGAUUUGCAAUAGAAAAGAGAGAUGGCCGGUCUCUCUCUUUCUCCUCUCUCUCCCUGUCUCUCAUUUUCACUGAAUUACCCAUUAGAGGAAGUCCAACAUUGGAUUUUUUAAAAAGAAAUGAUUUUGAUUUACUGACCGCAGAGGUAGAAAGGGGUCGUAGUUGUGUAUCUUGCCAGUAGCCACAACGUCUGAAAUAUAUUAAAUAAUAUAUAAAAGUCUUUUAUUUA